ACACUGGGUACCUGAUUAUAGCUCCCAAAGUCUUUGUGGCCGAGAGUGUCGAGACGAUAUGCAUCAGCUUACAGAACAUGACUGGCCCUCUGGAGGUGGCCAUUAGGCUCAUGGAUAACUUCACUGCAAUGGCCAAGUUACCAAUACAGUUCAUGGAGUUCAAAAUGGCUUGCUAUAAUCUUGAGGUGCCUUCCAUAGAAUAUGAGAUGAUGCAUGCCACUUUGGUUGUCAAGUUAAGGAGGACCUUGGUUACCCAGAGUGGUUUUGAGGUGAUCGAGAGGAGAACUGUUACUAUCAAUGGUGUCAAUACUGAGAUGUUCAUCGAGACGGACAAGCCAGUCUACAAACCUGGGCAAACAGGUCAGUCAAGGAAAGAAAUCGGGUCAAUCCUUCAUUGGCCUUUCAACUUUGACCUUUACUAGAACAUUUGUUGUUCUUUCUUUCUUUCCCUUUUCCCCUCUUUCCUAUAAAUUCCUUCUCUUUCUCUCUUCCUUUGUUUUUUGUUGCCCCUUAGAUCAAGGAUUGCAUUAACUGGAAUGUAUAAUUAAUCAUGAAAAUCAGGCGCACAAUUAAUUGUUAACCUUUGUGUUACAGGACCCUGGGACCCAUUGCAUAAAACUUUUGCCAUAAAAAACUCUGGCAAAUUUUUUCCAGAGUAUUUUAAUGUGUAAUUUUCAAUUGCAUAAUUUUGUUUGCCAGAGUUAUUUCAUGGCAAAGUUUUUUAUGCAACGGGUGCUUGAUGUGGAUAUAUUUAUUCUCAUUAACUUUUCUUGAGUAAUGAAGAAAGUUCACAGUAUAUUUCUUCAACCAAGUUUGAACACUUUAUUUGCUGUUCUUCUUUUAUGAACUUAAUGAAUGGGUCUGCAUUUCAAGACUGCUAUUAAGAGCCCAUUGUGAUAAUGAAGUGUUAUAUUGAUUGAAGCCCUCUGGAAGAGCAGAGAUUAGAUGGUUAUUCAGGUGUCAAAUCAGUUGUCAGAUCCCCUUUUAAGUGUCUUCAGUAAACUCAGAUAAGUUUGGAAAGGAUUCAGUUCAAUAACCUGUUGUGCUUCACAGAUCAUGCUCCCUAGUAUGUCUGUGUUUCUCAUAGGCGUAUUCAGACCACCUCAAAUUUCGAGAACACCACAGGAGCGUUUCAUGAAAUGACUUGUCAGACCUUUUUUCUGAUAAGUCCCAUUUUAUCUGACAGAUACCAUAAGAAUUGUGCUUCUAAGCCAAUCAAAAUCAAGGAAAGUUGUCAGAUUUGACAACUCGUCAGAUAAAAAUGUUGAUGAAAUGCAUCCCAGGUAUUCUCUGCUUGGGAAAUCUACCCUGAUUUACCCUUAUCACAAGAUACAAGGUAUUUUUGGCAGUGUGAAAGCAAAUAACUUGUAAUAUUCCCAAAAGAGAAUACCCCCUAAAUAGAAAAUUAACAAGAACUUUCAUAAGUAUUUUUCCAAGGUUGCAGGCACUCUUGCAGUAUUCAAGCAAAAAUUAUGAAAACUUUUUCAACCCAGUGAGUAGUUGGGCUCAUGAGCAACGUGGGCUGCCGAGUAUGUGAUUUUGAAUUGUGCGCCUCUCCUGCUAAUCAGACCACACUGUGCAUGCUCUUAACUCUGAAAACUUAUCCCGAAUAAUGUCUGUUUCAGGCCGGUGGGAAUGCAGAAAAGAAUAACUGGGCAAGUUUGAGUGUGAACAAGUUCUCGUAAUUCAAUAAUACAUUUAUUCUGUUGAUCAAGUUGGUAUGAAUACGCCUCUUGUGAGUUAAUAUUAAUAACAUUAAAAAUCAUCCUGACUGGCUGACACUAAAGAUAUCUUUGACUUAAUAACUUUUCUCUGCUAGAGAAAAUAAUUGUAACACAUGUAGUAUAGAAAUACUGUUUUGAUGUUUGCAGUCUCUUGUACAUUCCCAAUUUUAUAUGGGUUUCCCGAACUUCUUCCUGAAUGACCCAUACCCCCCCC